UUCGCCUUCCGCCACAUGUCCGCCAUACUACAUUUUCAUUCUAUUAGUGACGUUCAUAUUAUUUUUCUGUUAGAUAGUGGUGUUGUAUAGUUAUUUGUUGUUAAUUUAAUUAAUUUUUAGUUUAUCUAUUACAGGACCCCGGGUAAACGGUCAAAGGAUGGAGUCGCCUAGAAAAUUUAACGAUUGCUAUUUCUAUUACUAUUCCACGUGCACCAAGGGAGAUAACUGUAUUUUUCGCCAUGAACCCUCUGCCCUGGGCUGUGAAACUAUGUGCAGCGCUUGGCAGCAAGGCAAAUGUAUGGAUAAAUGCUGUAAACUACGCCAUAUGGAGCUCAGGAAAAAUCGCAAGCAAAUAGCUUGCUACUGGGAGACACAGCCGGGUGGUUGCCGCAAAAAGCAUUGUCCAUUCAUGCAUAAGAAUCCCGAAGCACGCACCGAUGGCAUCGCUCCAAGCCAGCCAGCACCUCUAGUCAGUGUCAACGCUCUCAACAAUAUGCCAGACUCACUGGAGCCAGGCAUACCAAUGGGUUCCGUAGUGCCAGUAUCCGCAGUGCCCCCACAAGCAUCCGCGCAAGCACCCGUGCCACUGCUGUGGCAGCAACAGAGACAGCAAGGUCCUCCACUAGUCCUCGACUCGGCAAUCCUCGGCGUACUCCCGGGAACGAACGAGCUCCUCCCUCGCCGCGUUGUGGCGGCGCACGCGCAUGCCCACGCCCACGCUCACGCUCACUCCCACGGGCACUCCCACGCCCACGCCCACGAGCAGCCCGCGCCCUACGCGCCGCUGCCCGUGGACCCACUUGUCGUCAACUUCGAGGAAGAGUCGGAUAACGAAAGCGCUCCCUCCUCAACGCCCACCAAAACCGUGUCUGCCGAUGACGCGAUGAAAAUUGCGCGGACCAAGUCGCAGGAGCUGCUUCUGUUAGAGAAGAUCCAAGCGGAAGCCGCCGCUUUCUACAGCUACGAUUCCCUGCCACCGGCUGAACAAGUAAAAGAACGCAAAAUUGUCAGAACUAAUUUAACGUGUAAAUACGACAGGUUGACCCUCGAUGAGAUUGCUGGUAAACAACAAUCUGCAGAGAAGCGAAGCUCCUUAGACUUUAAAGUGUUGUCCUUGGACGAAAUUCGGGCUCGGAAGAAAAUACCAGAAGCAGUAAUACAUACGACUCCUAUUACAUUAAAUUUGAAUAGAAAAAGAAAACUAUCUACUCACGAAACACUCACUACCUCGGGAAAUAAAAUAAUCAAAGUAGUUAGAAGCAACUCUAUUGUGUAUAAGAAACUUGACCAAAAUGUGCCCGCCCAACCUAGUCAAGCCAAAAUUGAACAUAAGAAACCCGAGGAUGCCAAUAGAAAACGAACUCUGUCUGAAAUAAGUGACAUUUACGACAUACAAGAAGAUGAAUUAGUUGACAACUGUUAUGAAUUUAAAAGAAUUAAAAUCGCUGAGCAAAUACCUAAGCCUAGAUUAGUUAGAAAUAGAAGUGUCACCAAAUCAAUUAGUGAAAGUAAAGAUGAAGAACUAGUUUUUUGCAAUAAAAACGACGAUGAUUCAGACACAGAAGUGCAAUUUGUUAGGAUGGAAAUUCAAGAAGUUACAACAGACAUAGCCACAAUAUUAGACGAUGAAAUAAUAGAUGUAGAUUCAGCGAAAAUUUGCGAUCCCGUUGAUAUUGUAGAUCUGUGCGAGGAUAAAGAUGAUAGUGAAAUUACAGCUUCCGACCUGGACCUAGAUUUAAUUAACAAUGUGCCAGAUGUAGUUGCAAGUUGUCAAAAAAAUUCAAACAGAAAUGAAACCGCUGCGUCGAAUGUGCUGAACGAUAUAGAUGCUUUCUUAAACGAGGUUUUAUGAUCCAAAUUUUUUUUCAGUCCAAGUGGAUUCUUGUUUGUAAAUUUGGUUUGAACCACUAUCGGGCUGUGUGUUAAAGUAGAGUGCAGUGAAAGUACAAAUUUAACUUUAGAACAUUUCAUAGAUUAAGAGACGUCUAAUUUGUAGGUUUUGAAAUUCGGUAACGAUGCUGAUGAAAUUUGGGUACUAAGUAGUAUCCGGCUAUAUAAUAGGCAACUUGUGACAUUCGGGGCUUCUACCGUCAUGUUUAUUUCUGCCGCCAAGCAGAAUUGCUGUCCCCCGGUCUGGAAAGCUUGGUUGCCGCUGUAAUUACAGAUAGGUACUUGAGGCUUACUUUGAAGGGCUGGUUCUUUGAAUGCCCUCAACAGUGUUAUGUUUUUAGCCAUCAUGAUCAUCAUAUCAUCCGAUAGACGUCGACUGCUGGACAUAGGUAUUUUGUAGGGAGUUCCAAAUUCCACGGUUCUGUGCAGCUAAGAUUCAGCGGCUACCUGCAACGCGCUUAAUGUCGUCUGUCCACCACGUCGGGGGUCGACCAACGCUGCGCUUACCAGUUCGGGGCAUUCCAGCACAUUCUGACCCCUCGUGGGAUGUUUUUAGUAUAUGGUUUUAAACUUACAAUUACGUGGGUUGUUGUUUUGGUAAAAAGUUGUUUCCGCAUAAAAAAAAUACAAUGUAUCAAAGUUUCGAUACUAAGGUUUUGAGCGUUGCAUGCGGUCAGUUUUUUAAUGAAAGUUUAUAUCAAGUACAUAAAUGAAUAGACCACUUGUGACAGCUGUUAAUUUUAACUUGACUUUUACUUGACUCGAUUAAUAGUAUAUUGUGCAACUAGUGCGACAAGUUGUCGAUUGCCCACGAAAGCGAAGUUGAAC